GUGGCAGUAAGCUGAAAUACAGCAUCGGCAAAGCGUGCACCACAUUUUCAAUCAUUUGAGACGACUCGGUUUUUUUCUUCCAACUAUGUAUAGUUGCGUCUGUCCACUAGGCAAAAAGUGUUGAAAAAUCAUAAAGAAUCAGAAAAAUUGGAAGAAUAAGCCAUUGCCGUUGCACCGUUGGAAAAUAUGGCAGACUAGGCUCAAGUGUGUAACCAAUGCUACAGACGCAUGUGCGUAAUUUUAUUGAACGAAAUUCGGCUGAAGUUGGCUUGAGCGCAUAAAAAAUGCUAUCGUCGUCGACGACGUCUGCAUCACAUCGCAGCAACAGGCGCGAACCGAAACUGAACGCUGGGUCAAAUUUGGAUGAUGACGAUGCCGGCAGUAUCAUCGUUGAAGACACCGAAGUGGACAUUGCAGUCGACGUGGAUGUCGACGAGGUACCCACACAGAAGCCCCAUUUUUUAGACGAUGCCAUGCCACCACCCGAAAUGGUCGCUGAUUUUGAGCGUGUGCUAACUUUCAGCGCAAAAAUAGAGUCGAAAACCUGCACCUCCACCAGCAGCGGUGAACAAUUGAAGAUGGAUAAGAAGUACGAGCGUGACGGUGAGAUUAGCGACUACGAGUUGGCAGCUAGCGGUUAUACAAAGAAGGAAUUUACACAGGACGAUAACACUUUGAAUCUACCAUGUGGCAUUGGAAAGAGCGCAUUUACGAAACCAAAGCAUUUUUUGGACGAGAAUCCCAUACCGCCAGACUACAUGUUGCUUGCUACUGCCGUCGAACAGGACCUGCGGCGCGAGCAUCGUAGUCUAGACCGCAAUUUCGAACGGCAAGAGGAGCAGCAGACCGCCCUAAAUGCAGGUCAUUUGAUGAAGAGCAGCAGCAGCAGCAGCGGUGGCGGUCGUAAAAGUUCAUUGGACCGCGGCGGUUAUGGUGGCGGCGCGGCUAGCGGUAGUCAUAGUGGUAGCAUGUCGAGUUCGCAUACUUCACGAGAGCGCAAUAAAGAGCUCACGUCAUCAUACACCUUGUCACGUUUUCUGCACAGCGCCGAAACGCCUUCACCACCACCAGCACUACAACGCAGCAUACCAAAAGGUGGCGCCUGGGCCAGCAGCAGCGGGAGCGGUAGUUGCAGCUUUGAUAGACUUUAUGGCAGCUUGCCAAUGGCUCAUGCUGGCGGCAGCACUGGCAUCGGCGCUGACAAUAGCAAUAACACACUUGGGGUCGAUGACAUUGUCGAUGUCGACCGUCUUGGUCCGAAGGUGGAGUGUGUGUAUUCGCUACUGUCGAUGUUGGGCUCCAAUGACCCGGCAGAAAUGUCUAAGAAGUUUCUUGAAUUGUCGCGAACACCAGAAACAUGCAGCGCGCUACGCCGUGCCGGCUGUGUGCCUCUGCUGGUGCAGAUGAUGCAUUCCGAUGGCGAUGAUAGUGUUCGAAAAUGCGCUAGCAUGGCACUACACAACGUUGUGCACAGUCACCCGGACGAAAAGACCGCGCGACGUGAAGCAAAGGUGCUGCGUUUGCUCGAGCAGAUAUUGGACUAUUGUAAUUUUUUGAAAACGCUUCUGCAGAGCGGUGGCGAAGCGAUUGCUGAUGAUUCAGAAAGGCAUCCGCUGGCGGCGAUUUCGUCAUUGAUGAAAGUGAGCUUCGACGAAGAGCAUCGGCAUGCUAUGUGCGAGUUGGGUGCACUGCAGGCAAUACCGAAUUUGGUGCAUUUGGACCACGCUGUGCACGGACCGAAAUCUGAGGAUCAGUGCUGUAAUUCGUUGCGACGGUAUGCACUCAUGGCGCUAACGAAUCUCACAUUCGGCGAUGAACACAACAAGGCCUAUCUAUGUAGUCAGAAACUGUUCAUGGAGGCCCUGGUGGCGCAGUUGGACUCGGCACCCGAUGAUUUACUGCAAGUAACCGCCAGCGUAUUGCGCAAUCUGUCCUGGCGUGCUGAUAGCAAUAUGAAAGCAGUGCUAAAUGAAAUUGGUACCGUGACCGCCUUAGCGGGCGCGGCUAUGAAAAACAAGAGUGAGAAUACGCUUAAGGCUAUAUUAUCUGCAUUGUGGAAUCUGUCGGCUCAUUGUAGUACAAACAAGGCCGAAUUUUGUGCGGUGGAGGGCGCACUCGCCUUCCUUGUCGAUAUGCUCUCGUACGAGGGACCCAGUAAAACGCUGAAAAUCAUCGAAAACGCAGGUGGCAUACUUCGCAACGUCUCUAGUCACAUCGCUGUUCGCGAACAUUACCGCCAAAUACUGCGCGAGCGCAACUGCCUCUCGAUAUUGCUGCAGCAGCUUAAGUCGGAGAGUUUAACGGUGGUGAGCAAUUCUUGUGGUACAUUGUGGAAUUUAUCGGCGCGUUGCCCAGAGGAUCAAAAAUUUCUGUGGGAUAACGGCGCAGUGCCCAUGUUACGUUCGCUGAUACACUCAAAGCACGCUAUGAUC